GACUAUCUCACAUGACGAACAGUUUUGGUCACUGUGAAAAAUAUUCAAAGACCAUUUUUACACUAGACGGGAGAAAAGUAUCGUAGCCUAGUACAUUAUUGUUGGAUUCUUUCUAGGAUUUGAGUCCAUAUGGUAUCUCCACAAGUCGUUAUUGGUUUGCUAACUAUGUAGCUUGCACAAACAAGGACUAUACAGUGCAGCACCGACUCGAUGAGCUGUGGACCCCUUCAGAGGUUUUUUAACUAACCCAUUUCGUCAAGUAAUAUUACAGUGACACCCUGCAGCAAGCAUGGGUCCAGAGGGAAAGACACUCUUGAACAUCAUAAUCCUGGGUUUUGGAUUUAUGUUCAUGUUCACUGCUUUCCAAACAUGUGGCAAUAUAGAGCAAACUGUGAUCAAGAGUUUCAACAGUACUGAAUUCCAUGGGAGUGGAUACACAAGCAUGGCCAUCAUCUAUGGAGUUUUCUCUGCAUCCAACCUGAUUGCUCCCUCAGUAGUGGCUGUUAUAGGACCCCAGUUGUCCAUGUUCUUUAGUGGACUAGUAUACAGUGGAUACAUUGCCAUGUUCAUCCACCCCUACACUUGGAGCUUCUACACAGCGUCUGUAGUUGUUGGAAUAGCAGCUGCAAUAUUGUGGACAGCUCAGGGGAACCUACUCACCAUCAACUCUACAGAUGCCACCAUCGGCAGGAACAGUGGUAUUUUCUGGGCCUUGCUACAGUUCAGCUUAUUCUUUGGAAACAUGUAUAUUUAUUUUGCCUGGCAUGGCCAUGUUCACAUAUCAGACAAGGAUCGCCAGACGGUUUUCAUCUCUCUCACAGUCAUCAGCCUGGUGGGCAGCUUUCUGUUCUUCCUGAUCCAGAAGCCGGAGCCUGAGGCCACACCCUCCGAGGCGUCUGAGUCACUGCUGCAGACUGAGUCCACAGAGAGCACCUCUAUCGUCGUAGCGACUCCAGGUCUCCGUUCCCAGGCUCUGGAUGCUUUCAAGAAAGCGUUGCAGUUGUCUGUCACUAAAGAGAUGCUACUGCUGAGUAUCUCCAUAGCAUACACAGGCCUAGAGUUGACAUUUUACAGUGGGGUAUACGGGACAUGUAUAGGAGCCAUGACUCAAUUUGGGGAUGACGCUAAGAGUCUGAUCGGGCUCUCUGGCAUUUUCAUUGGCCUGGGAGAGAUCCUGGGAGGGGGCGUGUUUGGGAUGCUGAACAAGUGCAACCGGUUUGGGAGGAACCCGGUCGUGCUGCUGGGGCUGAUCACUCACUUCGUGGCCUUUUACCUAAUCUUCUUGAACAUUGCCAGUGAUGCCCCUAUUGCCCCAGAAGAGGGCACACACCUGCAGGCAUACAUCACCCCCAGUGUUGAGGUGGCUCUGCUGUGCAGCUUUCUGCUGGGCCUGGGGGACAGCUGCUUCAACACCCAACUGCUGAGCAUUGUGGGAUUCAUGUUCCGGGAGGACAGCGCUCCUGCCUUUGCCGUUUUCAAGUUUGUUCAGUCCAUCACUGCAGCCCUGGCCUUCUUCUACAGUAACUAUCUCCUGCUGCACUGGCAGCUGCUCAUCAUGGUUGUGGUGGGCUUCCUGGGCACGCUAUCCUUCUUCGUGGCUGAGUGGGUGGUGGUCUCCAGCCGACGGGACACUGACUAUGACAGCAUAUGACAACCUAUGGGAGGAGGGGGUCACGGUGAGAGGAGCUAUUCACAGCUGGACGGGUCAUCCGGGGAAGAGUCGGUGUAACAGCUUCCUAUCAACCUAGCUAUACUCUGGAAUCCUUCAACUGACAGUUUGACUGGCCCACCUCAGCCCCAAUAAGCAGACUGUAGUAACGCUGUUUUAGCACAGUCAUUCACAGCUCUAUUGAUUCCAAUAAGCAGAGACUGUAGUAACGCUGUUUUAGCACAGUCAUUCACAGCUCUAUUGAUUCCAAUAAGCAGAGACUAGUAACACUGUUUUAGCACAGUCAUUCACAGCUCUAUUGAUUCRAAUAAGCAGAGACUAGUAACACUGUUUUAGCACAGUCAUUCACAGCUCUAUUGAUUUUUGCCUUUCAAGUGGAAGAUACACUUAAAUACUGUAUAUUUUACUUUACUUGGAGUGAAUCAGUUGUGCACAGAGGAGCCUUUAUUUUCAUGUUCAAUGUCAUUCACUGUGCUUCUGUCUUCAUGUAGAUGUUCAGCUGGUUGGGUUCAAUGUGCAGCAGUCAUUGACUAAGGCUUGGCUAGACUGCUAUUCCUACCAAGGUUUCCAGUCUCAACAUGAAUCUUAUUAUACUACUUAAAUUUGAUAGAAGAAGAAAAUGUAGGACAGUCGAUUCUUGAUAAGCGCACAUUGGAAAUGUACAAACUCUGUUUACAUGCAGCACAGUUUAUCAAUUCAAAUACACUUUUCACUUCUGCAUGCUCAGGUUUAGUAUACAUAUUUAGAACACUCCCAAGCCAUUGCAUUUAUCAGGACUCCACUGCAUCUAGAUUUCUUGUAAGAUGGCAUUUGUCAUAAAGGGAGAAAUUAUCAAGACGCAGAUACACUAGCUUAUUGCAAUUUAAAUUAUUUUUGUUAUAGUGAUAUCUGUACGAAAUUGUUGAACAAUGCUCUAAAUGUUAUUUCUUUGUCAAUAUUUGCAUCACACUUUCAGAGUAUCUGUAGUAUUCCAUAGGUUUUGUCAAAAGUGGGAUCCAAAAGGGCAUAGAUAGUGUAUUGAGGAUGAUGGCAUGGCUGUUGGAUGAAUGGUGUAUUACAAAAUGUAGACCAGAAUUUUUAUGUCUAAACUGCUCUAAGUUAUAUUGCUCUGUUAAAAUGUCACAUUGAAGAACUCUUGAGCUUAUGAGUUUAUAAGGCUAUGGUUUUAUUUAGAACUCACAUUGAAACAAUGGCCUUUGCACUCUGCAAACAUCAAGCAUUUUUUGUUCUACAUUUUCAUCAUGCAAUUUUGAUUGAGGUCACAAACUGUUUACAGUGUUUGUGCUCCUCCUUGCCAAAAAUGUGUAGUCUAAUUCAUGAAUCAUUUCAUUCAUUGUGUGGAUUGCUUAAUGUAGAGUUCAGUUCUGUGACACAUGAAAAACUGAGUUUGAAGAUUGUUCAGAGCCAGAGCUAUUGGAUGUGAGGCAAUCAAUGGGAUUUUGAGGGAAUACCUAUGUGUUUUGGAUUAUGAACUAGAUUUUAUACUUGAAUGUAGUUACUUAGAAAGGCACCAGGAUAUGCACGCUUGUUUUUUAAACAUUUUUAUUAUUAUAAAAUUGUUAUUUUGAGCCUUU